GAUCAGGGUGCAGAAGGGGGCCGUACUGUGGGGCCAACAUCACGUCACAGUGUCCGAGCGAGCUCAAGGCGCCGGGAGGCUGCAACAGCGCAUGUAACGCGCUUCAAAACCAGUCCAGUUUGUACUGCUGCUAUGGAAGACACUGUGAAUCCAACAAAUAUUCGGCCUUUUUUGUGCGGAUGUGCCCGGAAGCAUUAAGCUUCUCCAGCGAUGCUCCGUCACAAACUGCAUUCAGUUGUCCAUGGGAUACCAACUACCAGGUCAUCUUCUGCCCACCGAUCAAUCCAACGUCUUCACCUCCAAGUCAUCCUAACAAAUCUGGUUUUAGGCCAGCAAGCACAGAACCAUCAUCUAGGAAAGUAAGAACUGUUGUUUUGAUUGCAAUUACUGGUCCCAUAGUUUUUGUUCUCGCAUUGAUCUUUUUCGUCGUAUAUCGGAGAAGAACACGACGGCACCAUGAGAUGGAGGAAGAUGAGGCAGAGUUCGGUCAACUACAAGGAACACCAAUGAGGUUUACGUUUCAACAGUUAGAAGCAGCAACAGAGCAAUUCAAGGACAAGCUCGGGGAAGGAGGAUUUGGGUCUGUUUUCGAGGGACAGCUAGGCGAGGAAAGGAUUGCGGUAAAACGUUUGGAUCGAGCUGGUCAGGGGAAGAAAGAAUUCUUGGCGGAGGUUCAGACAAUUGGCAGCAUUCAUCAUAUCAAUCUGGUCAGGCUGUUUGGUUUCUGUGCAGAGAAAUCCCAUAGGCUCUUGGUUUAUGAGUAUAUGCCAAAAGGAUCCUUGGACAGGUGGAUCUAUGGUCGACAUGAAAAUAGUGCUCCUCCGUUAGAAUGGAAGGUACGAUGCAAGAUUAUCACUGACAUAGCUAAGGGUCUGUCUUAUCUCCACGAGGAUUGCAUGAAGAGAAUUGCUCAUUUGGAUGUCAAGCCACAAAAUAUCCUCUUAGAUGAUGACUUCAAUGCUAAACUUUCCGAUUUUGGUCUAUGCAAGCUCAUUGAUAGGGACAUGAGUCAAGUGGUUACAAGAAUGAGAGGCACACCUGGUUAUCUAGCCCCUGAAUGGUUGACAUCACAAAUCACGGAGAAGGCCGAUGUCUAUAGCUUUGGCGUUGUGGUCAUGGAAAUCGUGAGCGGAAGAAAGAACCUCGACACUUCCCUGCCUGAAGAGAGCGUCCAUCUUAUUACCCUAUUGGAAGAAAAGGUGAAGAACAAUCACUUGGAAGAUUUGAUUGACAAGAGCAGCAACGACAUGCAAGCACACGAGCGAGAUGUGAUUCAGAUGAUGAAGCUCGCGAUGUGGUGUUUGCAGAUUGACUGCAAAGGAAGGCCUAAAAUGUCCGAGGUAGUCAAAGUCUUGGAAGGUACCAUAGAUGCAGAGAGCAACAUAGAUCAUAACUUUGUCGCAACAAAUGAACCAAAUUUUGGUAUUGCUGGAAAUGUGAACUCUUCAGCUCCACCUGUAGCCUCAGAUGUAUCGGGUCCAAGGUGA